AUGGCAGGUCGAAGUUUUAUUCUAUGGCUUCACGGUCUUGGUGAUUCUGGUCCUGCUAAUGAACCUAUCAAGAACUUAUUCACUUCUCCUGAAUUCAGAAACACCAAAUGGUCUUUCCCUUCUGCCCCACACGCUCCAGUCACUUGCAACUAUGGUUCUGUAAUGCCUUCAUGGUUUGACAUUCAAGAGAUUCCUAUUACUGCUGACUCUCCAAACGACGAGAGUAGUUUGCUUAAAGCUGUUCAAAAUGUUCAUGCUACAAUAGAUAAGGAGAUAGCUGCUGGCACAAACCCUAACAAUGUAUUUGUCUGUGGAUUCAGUCAAGGAGGUGCCUUGACCUUGGCCAGUGUUCUGCUGUACCCUAAAACUUUAGGUGGAGGUGCUGUCUUUAGUGGUUGGGUUCCAUUUAAUUCGUCUAUUACAGAACAAAUUACACCUGAAGCUAAGCAGACACCCAUACUAUGGUCCCAUGGACUGGUUGACAAAACAGUAUUGUUCGAAGCAGGACAAGCAGCCCCACCGUUCCUUCAAAAAAUUGGUGUUGGUUGUGAGUUCAAGGCUUAUCCUGGUCUUGCCCACUCAAUAAACAACGAGGAGCUGCGGUAUCUCGAGUCUUGGAUCAAGGCACGCCUACAGAGUUCUUCCUAAUGGUUAUUUAAGCCUAUAUCUCUUACAUUGCAGCUCCGUAUCACUUUAUCUAUUUUCACUUUGUUGUUGUCAAUAUUUAACAGGAUCGAAAGUCUUGAUCUUAUUUACUCAUUUCAUAUCAUUGUGGAAUAUACCUAGUUUUUCUUUUCUCUCAAAAGCACUAGUAUAAUUGAGCUCUUUGUCUGCCUUGGUUUACUAUACCCUAGAGAUUUCUCUCAAAAGCAUUAAGUAAUCAUGAUCACAAGGUCACUUAUGAUUGA